CGAGCCCCAUCUUCUCCCGAUUACUUCCUCUUCCCUAAUUCCUUCGUCACCCUCCUUCGCGAUCUUGCCUCACCGCCACCCACCUUCCGAUUGCUAGCCAACUUCUCUUGUGUGAGUCCAGACAGCGACUCCUUCAGCUAUGUCCCUCUCGCAAGCUUCCUUUCUUCCCUAGCAUCGCCCUCGCCUGAUCACUGUCUCCAAAUCAGGUCGACGCUGUGCGGCUCACAGCCGACCGAGCCUUCCAUCCCCACCACCGAUCGCCUAAGUUCAUCUAGCUGUUGUCCUCUCUGACUCGUCACCCCUGCGCAAGUUGGUCUUCAGCCAAAAGGGGGCCCGCGCCUUCUCUCAAUCCCACCUAUGUCGUGCCCUAGAUGCUUACCACCAUGCUAUAACCAUCACUGACUGCUGCCCUUUUCCAUCUUCGAUCUAUUUCCACUCGUCAUGGGAGGCACCGUCACCGGCUAUUGUGGAAAAUGCCAUCACUCUCUCUCCCACUCACUUAAGGAUCUGAGCAAAGCAGCAAUCAUUUCCACUGGAGAGGUCGCUACUGUUGGUACCUCUUCUCCACCUCGUUGACACCAUUGCUGCUCUUGAUUCUAGCAAGCAAUUGGUUUCCCCUCCGGUAGAGAUGGGAAAGGAGAAAUUGGUUUCUCCUCUGGAAGAAACAAGCUGUAAGGUAACAAAUGGAUGAAUUUGGAAUUUAAGAGUGUUGUUUCGAUUGUGGUUAAUGUAGAUUGAGGUUUGUAAAUUGGUUUAGAAUGCCUGUAGUUACUGGAUCAGCCAUUGUAGCCUCGACCCUACUUCCAGUAAUAGCUUCGCAGUAGCAUCGACCAUGAAUUUCUGGUUGCAAGCUUCUCCGGCCAUGAAUCAACAAUGGUGUAAUUGGAUUUUGGUAAGUCAUGAAGGUAAUUUCAUAUAUGAACUAGACUUGAUUCUAGUUGUGGAAUGGUUGGGGUAUCUUAAUUUUAUUUAGUUGUGAUCCGUUGCUUGAGUGGAUUUGGGUUUGUGAUUGAUUAUCAUGUGAUCGAUUGUUAUUGAGAUGACUAUUUUUGGUUGAAUGGAGGAUUUAUUCAUUACUAGAAUUGGGUGACUUUUGGAUUGAUGGUGCUUGAAAUAAAUCCUAUGUGGCGGGUGGAAUAGUUAGAAGUAUUUAAUCUAAUUGAUUAUGAAGUUUGAUUAGUUUGUGUUGAGUUGAUUUGUAAAAUACCGAACCAAUAAUAAUAAAAUAGUAAUUAAAUAAUAAGGUUUAAUGGGCUAAUAGCCUUAACGGAAUUUUUAAGAAUUUUUAGAGAUUUUCUGAGAAUUUUUUGGAGCUUGUAAGAUGCAUUUUAAGGGGAUCAAAUAUUGGGCUGUAAGAAAAUCUAUUUGGAAUACCCAAAAGUGGGAGUCGAUUGAGGAAUAAACUUAGGUUUUGAUUUUUCCUAAACCUAAGUUCGAAUUUUAUAAAUCUAAUACAUGGCCCGUGCCCUAGCUUCCACACGACGCCGAGCCCCUCUUCCCCGCGCCUCACCUCGCGACGCGCCUCUUCUUCUUCCCGGGCCUUUCUCUCCCCAAACCCUCCGGCGUUCUCCUCUCUUCCCGUGCCCUAAGCCCGACGCCGCCUCUCCCUUCUCUCUCGGUUCCAGCAGAGCCACCGCCGCCUCCUUCCUCCUAACCUCCUCUCCUUCACCGGGCCUCUUCUCCCCAAGUCGUCAUCGGUUUUCUGCUGCGUCGAGCCAUAGCCGCCAAGUUCUCGCACCUGAGCCGGCCUUUCCUCCUUGCACGAGCACCCCACAGCCGGCGAUCUCUUUCCCCUCGAGUCACCACGCCGACGAUCUCUCCCUUGUAGGGUUUGAUUCUGAUUUGAAGCGAACUCUAAGGUGUGAAGAUAUUCCGGCACGAUCUACGUAUAAAGGUAACAGAUAGAUGAGUCAUGGAUGCUUGGAGAGAUGCUGGUUGCCAGUCAUGGGUCCUA